AUGGUCGACGGAGACGGUUGCUCGUUUCUUCUCAAUGUUGUUGGCGACAAAUCUUCGGUGUUGCUUGCACCAGCAUCACAUCAUAGUGCAUUGAAGUGCAUUGCUGAAGCCCCCCAGGUAGGCGAAGUUGAUGAGACGUUGAAGCUGCGCGCCAUCUUCUCCUCCAGGCUUGACGCCGCACCCUCCGCAGCAGCAGCAGAAGACCAGAAGCGUCGGACCGGACGAGCAACCUAUUUGAGCGCCUUCUCUCAACAGUCGACCUUGGAAAGGUUUCACGUGAAGUAG